GUUGGAAAAUCAACGCGGGAAAUUCACCAGGGGUAGUACUGCCAAUUGUUUGGUUCUUUUUGCUCGUCCUAACAAUAUUUUUGCCAAAUAACUUGGCUGAAAACUCGAAAGGAAAUCAGUUCGAUUCAGACACUGACAGUGACGAAAACAAUAACGACGAAACUGUUGGGACAGAAGACAACACCAAUU